GCAGGAGUUUGCACUGACCUCGGCUUUGAUCCAGCUCUGCUCAGGCGCUUUGGCUAACCAGAGGAAUCUGCCUGCCCUUGGACGCCAGAGCCCUGGCUGAGAGGAGGAUGCGCCCAGGCACUACCCUGGAACGGUCCCGGCUGACCUGGCAGACAAAGAGAGGUGCUUGAGCUGCCCGAGCUGGCUGCUGAACUCCCCGGGGGCCUUCUCCUCGCUGUGACUGGGGCCCGGGGAAGCCUCUGGCCAGAUGUUCUCCCCGCAGGGCUGCAGGAGAGGCUUCCCCAGGGAGCCCAACUCGUGGCGGGGUGGACCCCAUGCCUUUGGCCCCCGGGGAGCCUGGGACAAGCCACCCUGGAAGCCGAAGCAGAGAAGAGGCAGGGGCAGAGGGGACCUGCACCCCAGACCCUUCCCAGGCCAUUCUGGCUCUCCUUGGCAUGAGGAAGAUGAGAGAUGGGCACCCCACGACUGGCCCCCACCACGCUUUUGGGAUGACUUUGAAGGCAGCCAAGAACCUGAGGACUUCUCAGAGGAUUGCUACCCGGAGCCUGGCCCUGACUGCUUUUACUGGCCUGAAUGCCCCAGGGAGGAGCAGCACCCACCCUGGCCCCCACCCCCCCCGGCAAGGGAGCCAGGUGGCUUCUUUGGUGGCUCUCAGGAGCGCCGUGGGAGAUGGUGCCGGCGCCCUCGCCGUGGCUGCCGAGGGUUCCCCAGAGGCCAUCCUGCCCUGUGGUCCAGGCCCUCCAGAGGGAAGCAGCCACACUCCAAGCCAGGCCUGCCUGAGAAAAGCCAAGAGGGGGUCACAGAGAAGCCACAGCAACCUGGUCCUCCCCAGACACUUACUCCCAGUGAGGAUGGUGCACAGAGCAAGGAGCAGACAGCUCAGAGUCCACCAGAGGUGAAUGGGAAGGUCUCAGAGCCCCCCAGGCCAGCCAGACCCCCUGAGAAGAGUCCAGACACUGAUGCCCAGGCUGUGCCAGAGGCUGCAGAGCUGGAGCAGGCAGCAGCAGCAACACUGGUCAAGCCAGGAACCAGGCAGCAACCUGCAGGCAGCCACAACCAGAGCCCCUCUGCUUUGGAAACUGAGGCAGCCCCACCAGAGAAGAGCUCUGCUGGGCCAGGGGAGCCUCUGCAGGUAGAACUGUGCAGCCAGAGCGUCCCUCAGGCUGGUGCAGGUGAUGGGUCCCAACCCCAUAGUCCAGCAGCUCCUCCAGAGCUUGCCAAGAAGGUCUGCAUGGCAGCUGGCUCCACUGGGGAGGUGGGUGCUGGGCUCUGCCCCCAUUCCCAGGGACAACAGCAUGUGCCAAGUGGAACUGGAGAAGCUGAGGGAGAAGCUGCCCACAGUGAGCUGCUCAGUGGCCUUCAGCCACCUGGAAACUUGCAGGUCCCUCCAGAAGCCACCCUGGAGGCUGAUGCAGAGCCCAGCCAGGCUUGCUCCAGCGUCUGCACUACACCAGAGACCUCACCACAGACUCUGCACCCUCCUGGGUCCAGUGAGACAAAACCAACACAGGCUCAGGGUGCUCCCCAGUGGUCUCCUCGAGGCAUCCCUGAGUCCCAGCACAGGGCUGCAGGCAGCCAGCCUCAGCUUGGCUCCAAGCACCCAACAGCCUCCCCAGCCAGCACCGACCUGCGCUCUGCUGCCAUCCUUGCCAGGAAGCAGGAGAUUGAGCUGUCAUACCAACAGUUCAGCCUGACCAUCGCAGUGGUGGCCACGAUGCUGCUCCAGAAGGAGCCCUCCAUGGAGGCAUCGCUGGGGCUGGCACUGAGGGCAAACCUGCGCCAGGGCAGGAUCCAUCACCUCCGGGAGCUGGAGAACUUCAUCAGCAGCUACGACUCGGCCACCCUCAGCCACCAGAAUGAGGGGACAGGCACCUCCAUCUCACCAGCCCCUGUCUGGGGGAUGACAGAGGACCCUGCUGGUGCAUCAGGCUGCUUGUGAUGGCACUGAGCCCUCCUACCAAGGUGGUAUGCACAUGGUGGCACAGUCCCACCGUCUCUGUUGGAGAUGGAAAAGGAGGAUGCUUUGUUUUAACCCUGCCCAGACCUGUAUGUGCAGCAAAAAGGGGAGCUGGUUUUACUGGAGGAUGGUGGGAGAGAGAGCAGCUGCAGCGAGCUGCCCUCUGCCCCAGCUCCUGGCUCCUUUCCUGGUUCCCACGGAUGUGCCUUGAGAGGCUGUUAGAAGUUUUCCGUUUGAAAAUAAACCAGUUGUGAUCUCUGCA